AUGGUGGAGAUAGACGGCGAAAUUGAUCCCCGGAGCCCGAGCGAGGCGAGCGAGGACGAAGCUCUAGGCUACGACGAUCUCCAGCGGCGCAUGUGGAAAGACCGCCUCCGCAUGAAGAAGCUCAAGGCGGCGCGUGAGAUGGAGGAGCCCGAAUCGCAGUCGAAGCUCGAGCAAUCCCGCCGGAAAAAAAUCUGCCGCUCGCAAGACACGAUCUUGAAAUACAUGGUGAAGAUCAUGGAGGUCUGCAACGCGCAGGGAUUCGUCUACGGGAUCGUGCCGGAGAAGGGAAAGCCGGUGACGGGCUCCUCCGACAGCCUCCGCAAGUGGUGGAAGGAGAAGGCGGCGUUCGACAAGAACGCCCCCGCCGCCAUCGCCGAGUUUCUCCCCAAAAUCGUCGAGCAGACCGCCGCCGGAAACCUAGACCCCAUAUCAUGCAUGUAUCUACUGCAGGAACUCCCGGACACCACCCUGGGCUCCAUCCUCUCCGCCCUGCUGCAGCACUGCCUGCCGCCGCAGCGGCGGUUCCCGCUGGAGAGGGGGCUUGCGCCGCCGUGGUGGCCGAGGGGCGACGAGAUGUGGUGGGGCCUACAAGGGGCGGCGCGGGAGCACGGCCCGCCGCCGUACCGGAAGCCGCACGACCUCAAGAAGGCAUGGAAAGUCAGCCUCCUGGCGGCGAUCAUACAACACAUGUCGCCGGAUUUAGACAGGAUGCGGAGGGUUGUCAAGAAGUCGAAGAUUCUGCAGCAUAAGAUGAGUGCUAAAGAUUCCGCCACGUGGUCGAAAGUCGUUAACCACGAAGAAGCGCUUUCGAAAUUGACGAAAAAAUCCCUCAAAAUCUCGGACGACGAAGAAGAAGAAGAAGAAGAAGAAGAUCGUAUAGAGUCCGAUUUGUAUACGAGCAACGACAAGAGGAAGUGCGGUUUCGAUUCUACGUGCGCUUCUUCGAAAUCGUUAAAAUGCAUCGAAGAAUUAGGGUUUUCGGACAAGGAUUCGAGUGACAAAAUGGAAUUAAGUGGAUGGAUACAAUUAGCGCUCGAAAAGACCAAUCAUGUUUCGUAUGGAGAUUAUGGUAAUUAUUGGGGUGGUGAUCAAAAUCUGAUUGAUCAGUUACAUUUGGAUACGGGUUACGGUGGCGGCGGCGGCGGCAGUGGUGGUGAUAUGGCGGAGUUGCUCUUGCCGGAGGAAAUUUCGACUUCUGUUUGGGAUUUGGCUUAUGAGGAUAAUGAAGAGUAA